AUGGCUCGAUAUUUUUCGAUCCAAAUCUUCUUCAUUAUUCUCCGCGAGACGUUGGAGACGGCCAUCAUCAUCUCCGUGCUUCUCUCGUUCAUCAAGAAAAGAGAUCCGGAAGGCGACUCAGAGGACGCCGGCCGCAUUCGUACAGUCAACAAGGGGCUCAAGCUCCAGGUGUGGCUCGGCGCGAUUUUGGGAUUGCUCAUUUGCUUUGCCAUCGGGCUAGUGUUUGUGCUCUGUUUCUACUUCAUAGACACGGACUUGUGGUCCUACACUGAGAGGCUCUGGGAAGGAGUGUUCUGUCUUUUGUCCAGCGUCAUCAUCACGGUGAUGGGCGUGGGGCUCUUGCGCAUCAACAAGGUGAUGAAAAUCAAGUGGUGGGUCAAGUUGGGCGACGCGUACCAGAACGACCAGCCGCAAAUCAACGAUCUCAGUCCUGCCGAAAGCGACAGCGAGUCCACCACGGCGCUCCUCGGCACACCGAAAAAGAACGCGCCAAAGGAAAAGUUCAGUAAAAAGUACUUCUUGGCCAUUCUCCCCUUUAUCACCACGUUGCGCGAGGGCUUGGAGGCGGUUGUGUUCAUGGGAGGUAUUGGCAUGUCGCAGCCACUCUCGUCCUUGCCCUUGGCCGUGCUCGCAGGGGUGCUUCUCGGCUCCGGGAUCGGCGUUUCCUUGUACAAAGGCGGCAACAAGUUGUCGCUCCAGUACUUCUUGAUCUGCUCCACGUGUUUCCUCUAUGUGGUGAGCGCAGGGCUCUUGAGCAGGGGCGUGUGGUUCUUGGAGUUGGAGAAGUACGUGCGCCUCUGCGGCGGGCUAGACGUAUCCGAGACAGGAAGCGGCCCGGGCUCGUACGAUGUGGCCAACACCGUCUGGCACGUGAACUGCUGCAACGGGCUCACCGACGGCUGGUGGAUGGUGGCCAAUGCCAUUGUGGGCUGGACCAACACCGCCACGUACGGCAGUGUGUUUUCGUACAUCGGCUACUGGUUGUUUGUGUCGGUGUGGUUGCGCGUGCGCAUGUCGGAGGAGCGCAAUGGGCACUUGCCCUUUGUGCCCAUCAAGUGGCAGUUGGCGAGGAUCCGCAAGAAGGUCAGGCUAUACGAGAUGAGAAAACAAAAUUGUAGCCAGAAUUGA